ACCUGCUCUGUCGUCUCAGUAGCACAGACCCUCGGAGCCGUGGGAGAGAAAGUGUCGAGCAUGAUGGAUAAAAUUACACUCCUGGAGACCAAGGUGCAAAAAACAGAGACUCAAAUGCUGGAGCUGCAGAGUCUCAUUGGGGGUGUGCCUAAGGUGGCCUUUUCUGCAUGUCUCCUGAAGUCUGGCUCAGGAAACACAGGACCUUUCACCACUGCUACCACACUUAAGUACAAGAAUGUCUUCUCCAACAUUGGCAGCAGCUACAGCCCUGAAACAGGAAUUUUCACCGCUUUGGUGAAAGGAGUGUACUUCUUCCGAUUCUCAAUGUUCAACAACGUUAAUGCCACUCCCAGCUCUGUUGUGAGUCUCAUGAAGAACGGUGUGAGGCUGGUGUCUGUGUGGGACACCGUAGGGUCUGACGCCAACGACAUGGGCAGCAACGCUGUGGUCGUUUCCUUGGAGGUGGGAGACCGGGUGUACGUAGAGCUUGCGGCAAACAGGUUGAUCUAUGAUGAUAACAUGAACUACAACACCUUCAGCGGUUUUCUGCUCUUCACCGCGUGA